AACUGCGCAUGCUCCUGCGCACGCGCACUAUACAUUCCAUGACUUCCGGGCACUUCGUAAGGUUUAAAUAAGGAUGCUUUGCGUUCACUCGGCCUUUUGGAGACAAGAUUCGCGGUCGUGUCUUCGGCUUGGAUUUGUUAAGGAUUCCAAGUAACUCUUACUUGGAAAGAAGACAGUCUGCAGUUCACACUUCAGCAUUGAUGUUUAAUUUUGGGGUCCUUUAUAUAGUAGGGAGAGUAGGUAAACCGAUUUUUUUUUAACAGGGAGGUUUGGACAGUCUUUGGCAGACUUAGAGCAAAAGAUUGGGGUGCGUUUCAUACCUCUUUGAGAUAGUCUUGCUCUGUCGCCCAGGCUGGAGUGCAGUGCCGCAAUCUUGGCUGCAACCUCAGCCUCCCAAGUAGUUGGGAUUGUAGGCGUAAGCCGCCACACCUGGCCCUCUUUUAAGAGUCUGCUGCUGUUUUGUAUUAAAGACUUCGGAGUUUGGCAUUUGGUUAGGAAUGCACCUUCUUUCACCUCAUUCAUACCUUAAGAACCAGAGAAGUGACUCUGCUUGGCCUUACGCCAGAUUCCAGAAGGCACACAGUGUUGGUGGGUAUUUUAAAAGUCCUUGAGUAUUUUGCUUUUGUGUGAUUUCUAAUGUAUUUGUAAUUUACCUAACAAAUUGCUUAAUCUGCUUUGUUAAUGUAUUAAAAUAAAUAUGGCUGUACAUGUUUGUGGUUCAUUUUUAUGUGGAGAUGGCUGUGGUGACAUCAGCCAAGAAUCUGAAUGGUACUGCUGAAGGAAACUAGCAUGAUAGCUUCAGUUCUAAAGGCCCUGAAACCUAGUCUCAGGUGGGUCCCCCUUGGGUUCACUUUAUAUUGGCAAGUUAUUGGGAAAAUGGUUAUUAGAUCCUGACCAAUAGGACCAUAAGUCUGGGUUGAGUGCAAGAUGAGUUGUUAGACCAAUCCUUUAGCUUCCUGCAAUAUAGUGGAGGAAAAUCAAUGGUAGCAAUGGGAGGUUGUGGUAUCCCUAGCUGAGUUGUAUGAGCCUUUGCUACCUGGUGCACCUCAGCCUGAAGAUUGCUAGAGUUGCUUGCCUCAUGACAUGGGUCAUAAUGGGAACUUUGUCAAGCCCCCUACACUGGCUGCCAACAUAAAUAUUCAGUACCCUGAAGGAUGGGAAGUAAUGGGGAAUCAUCUAGAAGCUACAUGAAUAAGAUCUUGGAGGAAGACAGCAGAGAGAGAGAGGGAGAUCAGAGAUCCCAGGGUUAAAAGUUGGAGAAAUUUCACAGUACAUCAUCCAAAAGAGGAGUCCAUGAUGGAGGCAGAGGUAAACUUGGAGAGGGCAGGAAGAUGUCACCCAAGCGCAUAGCUAAAAGAAGGUCCCCCCCAGCAGAUGCCAUCCCCAAAAGCAAGAAGGUGAAGGACGCGAGGGCCGCUGCCUCCCGCCGCAUUCCUGGCGCCCGCUCCUGCCAAGUCUCACACAGGUCCCACAGCACAGAACCCGGCUUGGUGCUGACACUAGGCCAGGGCGAUGUGGGCCAGCUGGGGCUGGGUGAGAAUGUGAUGGAGAGGAAGAAGCCGGCCCUGGUAUCCAUUCCAGAGGAUGUUGUGCAGGCUGAGGCUGGGGGCAUGCACACCGUGUGUCUAAGCAAAAGUGGCCAGGUCUAUUCCUUCGGCUGCAAUGAUGAGGGUGCCCUGGGAAGGGACACAUCAGUGGAGGGCUCGGAGAUGAUCCCUGGGAAAGUGGAGCUGCAAGAGAAGGUGGUACAGGUGUCAGCAGGAGACAGUCACACAGCAGCCCUCACCGAGGAUGGCCGUGUCUUCCUCUGGGGCUCCUUCCGGGACAAUAACGGUGUGAUUGGGCUGUUGGAGCCCAUGAAGAAGAGCAUGGUGCCAGUGCAGGUGCAGCUGGACGUGCCUGUGGUAAAGGUGGCCUCAGGAAAUGACCACUUGGUGAUGCUGACAGCUGGUGGUGACCUCUACACCUUGGGCUGCGGGGAACAGGGCCAGCUAGGCCGUGUGCCUGAGUUAUUUGCCAACCGUGGUGGCCGGCAAGGUCUUGAACGACUCCUGGUCCCCAAGUGUGUGAUGCUGAAAUCCAGGGGAAGCCGGGGCCACGUGAGAUUCCAGGAUGCCUUUUGUGGUGCCUAUUUCACCUUUGCCAUCUCCCACGAGGGCCACGUGUACGGCUUUGGCCUCUCCAACUACCAUCAGCUUGGAACUCCGGGCACAGAAUCUUGCUUCAUACCCCAGAACCUAACAUCCUUUAAGAAUUCCACCAAGUCCUGGGUGGGCUUCUCUGGUGGCCAGCACCAUACAGUCUGCAUGGAUUCAGAAGGAAAAGCAUACAGCCUGGGCCGGGCUGAGUAUGGGCGGCUGGGCCUUGGGGAGGGUGCUGAGGAGAAGAGCAUACCCACCCUCAUCUCCAGGCUGCCUGCUGUCUCCUCAGUGGCUUGUGGGGCCUCUGUGGGGUAUGCUGUGACCAAGGAUGGUCGUGUUUUCGCCUGGGGCAUGGGCACCAACUACCAGCUGGGCACAGGGCAGGAUGAGGACGCCUGGAGCCCUGUGGAGAUGACGGGCAAACAGCUGGAGAACCGUGUGGUCUUAUCUGUGUCCAGCGGGGGCCAGCAUACAGUCUUAUUAGUCAAGGACAAGGAACAGAGCUGAUGAAGCCUCUGAGGGCCUGGCUUCUGUCCCACUCAACCUCCCUCACAGAACAGGGAAGCAGUGACAGCUGCAGAUGGUAGCGGGCCUCUCCCCAGCCCUGAGCACUAUGUCAGCUCCUGCCUUUUCCCAUCAGCAGAACAGCAUCCUUUUCCUAUUUUUCUUCCUCCUCUUUGGAAUUCUCCUGGGACCUACAGAAUAAAGGAGGGGAUGGACAGGGGAUUUUCAGAAGGAACAUGGCUCGUUCCAGAGCUAUAUGGUUAGACGUUUCUCCCCUUUUCCCUACCUUCCAUGGUCCUGGUUGGCCCGGGUUUUACCUACUAGAAAACCAAAACCUCCCCCCUGGGGUUUGGUGCCCACUCUCUGAGAAGUUGGGCUCCAUCAAGCCCCAUUCUAGUCAUGUGCCCCUUUCCUGUCCCUAACAGUCUACAGGCAAACAAAUGGUAUAGUCAUAAGACCCGUCUGUCAUGGACCCACGCCCAGAGGAACGUGCAGAAAAAGCAGAGCUGCAUGGCUGUGGGCAACUGUAAGCCAAAUAUUUGGCUCGGAACAGGUGUCCAUGGGACAAAAAAGAAUGAUCCUCCACUUGACCAAGAGAAAAAUGAUUCUCCCAGAAGCACAAAGCAUACUCUUGCCCCUCAGGCAUUGCCUUUGUCCAUCGCACCCAUCCAUUCGUCUUUACCUGCAGCCAAGGGCCUGGAAUCGCAAAGAGAAGCCAUGCUGGGCUGGGCAGAGCAGAGCAGGGUGUGGGGUGGGGAGAGAGGGUGGAGGGUUUUAUAAACAAACUUAACAGCAAUAGUAAAAGGGGAGGGAUUGAGGGAAGGACAGAGUGUUGGAGGGCCAGAGACUAGUCCUGGGACAGAAACAGCAACUUGUACAGUGGCUGAGAAAAUAGGAUAUAGUUUUGAUUUUUUUAAAUUGUAAAAUAUUUUGGAGGUAGAACAAAAUCUUUUAACAUUUUGAAUAAAUUUAGAGUUUUAUAAAAUAG